AUGAAGUUCUUCGCCUCCCUCCUUGCUACGGCUAGCUUAGCUGCGGCGCACGGCUAUGUCGACAACGCGACUAUUGGCGGCGAGGUCUACACCUUCUAUCAGCCGUACACGGACCCGUACAUGUCGCCCAUUCCAGACCGCAUCUCGCGGCCUAUCCAGGGCAAUGGACCGGUCACCGACGUCACCUUGGCCGACUUGCAAUGCGGUGGAUACACCGAGGGCGGCAUCGUUGGGUCAUCUCCCGCGGCACUGCACGCUCCCGCUGCUGCUGGCUCCAAAGUGACGCUAUACUGGACGCUAUGGCCCGAGAGCCACGUCGGGCCCACCAUCACUUAUAUGGCCAAGUGCCCUGAUGCGGGCUGCGAUUCCUACAUGCCCAACAGCACAGCCGUGUGGUUCAAAGUACAAGAAAGUGGUCGCACGGGAACGUCCAACACGUGGGGCGACACAUCGCUCAUGACGGCCGGCAACGCGGGCGUCUCAUACACGAUCCCCAGCUGCCUGAGCGCGGGCAACUACCUCGUGCGCCACGAGAUUAUUGCCCUACACGCCGCAUACAGCUACCCCGGCGCCCAGUUCUACCCGGGCUGCCACCAGCUCAAGGUCACGGGCGGUGGGUCGACGACCCCCUCAGACCUGGUAGCUUUCCCCGGUGCGUACAAGGGUUCCGAUGCCGGCAUUACGUACGAUUCCUAUCAGGCGCAGACUUAUACCGUGCCUGGACCUGCUGUGUUUACCUGCUAG